UCGGCGCCACCAUGGAGGAGUACCAUCGCCCCUGCGACGAGGUUGGCUUCAAUGCUGAUGAAGCCCACAAUAUUGUUAAAGAGUGUAUAGAUGGGGUCUUGGGAGGUGAAGAUUAUAAUCAGAACAAUAUCAACCAAUGGACUGCAAGCAUAGUGGAACAAUCCCUAGCACAUCUGGUUAAGCUGGGAAAAGCUUAUAAGUAUAUUGUGACCUGUGCAGUGGUCCAGAGGAGUCCAUAUGGCUUUCACACAGCCAGCUCAUGUUUUUGGGACACCACAUCUGAUGGAACCUGCACUGUAAGAUGGGAGAACCGAACCAUGAACUGUAUCGUCAAUGUUUUUGCCAUUGCUAUUGUCCUGUAGCUGGCUAAAAAUACUUGGCCAAAGCCAUUAACCUAAGAAUUUGUCAGUGUAUCCUUUCUAAAAAGAGUAACAGUUACUUAUUCAUAUGCUAGAUGACAAGUGUGCAAUAUGCUUCAAAUCUAUCAACAAAAACAGAAUAGUGCAAGCAAGCAGUCUCAUAGGAAGUUGGCAGAUUUUCUCAUCUUCCAUACAGAAUCAUUUAAACAGGGAAAACUUAAUGUUAGCAAAAAACAAAUAUAGAAAUAUGGCAUGACAUGAAAAUACACUCUUAAAUUUACACCAGCUUUUCACUAACAAUAUGUACGUAAGGAGAUGGGGGAAUCCAUGCAGAUAAUUAAAUUUUCUUUCAGCUAGAAAAGUUAACAGGGAUAAAUAUAUGAACAAAAAUGCUGCAAGGAUAACUGUGGAGAAAAUGAUAAAAAUCAGUUAAUGCUUAGUUUUUUAUUUCUCCUCAGUUGUAGGUAUGAUUUAGUGGAAAGUAAUCCCAUCCUUUUUUUUUUUUUCUCAUCAACUAGUAGCAACUGUUAUUAUUAACUUGUUUACCUUUUCUGAGAAUAGCUAAGUCACUUUUUAAAAUUUAAAAUUCUUAGAUUUACAUCUGAGAGUGAAUUGAAUUGGGUAACCUGAAUUCCCUAGGUAAACAAAAUUAGUUACAGCAUAUGACAAAAGUAUAAGACUCCAACAGCUGCCUUACAAUUCAUUCAUUCCAGAUGGAAGAAGCACUUACUGAAUGUCUAUUAUGAGCUAUUUUUCUGCUAAUCAUAGUUAUCAAUAUGCUGUUCAAACUUUCUUUUGGUACCUAGUCAGUUGGACAACAUUUAGUCUGGGAAAGAGAAAAAAAUGUUGUUUUACAAGAGAGGAAAAAGGUGAAUCUGGUUAUCCAAGUAGGAAUAAGCAAAUGAAAAGCAAUUAUUACUGACAGAGAAUUAUUGAUGUAAUUUUAAGAAUGGCUCCUAGCAAGCAAAAAACUGCAUAAAAUAUGCAACUCUUAGUUAAAGGCCUUAUUAUCAGUCUAAUACACAAAUAGUAAAUUCCAUCAUUGCUUUAGUUACAAUCAUCUGUAAAUAAUUUUAAGUACUUAUGAGGGGUUCAAAUUGAGUAAAGUAUAGAUUAAAAGUAUACAAUCAUUAGCAGGUUAUUGAA